AUGAGCGCGUCCCGAGGGCACGAGACGCCUCUGAGGGAUCCCUCCAGUAUUUUCUUCCAGUCUGACCGCGUACGAAGGCUGAUUAUUGCGUCGUACUGGGUCGUUAUCUUGCUCGCGACGCCAUUGUGGUGGCAUACGACUAGCAUUGAGCGCCUCUCAUUACCGACUGCCCAGGUUCAGUACCAGGCCAAGACGCUCUUAUCCUUCCCUAUUGCAUUACGGCUGGCCCCUUCUCUGGUGCAAUAUGAUCCCUCAAUAACUGGAAAGCUACAGCAGUUUUUCGACACACAAAGCUCGAAAGGUGGGCAGUGGAGGGGACUAUCCAUCCACGUAGAGGAAGGCAGCGAAGCGGACUCCCUGGACAUCCCUGGGACAUAUUCCGUCACAUCGACGUCUUCAGCUGACACUGUCAUAACUGGACGACGAAUAUCAUUCCCGAUCCACCAGCGUCCCUUAUCCCACUUAGCAGACCUUCUUGCUACCCUUCUCGUUCCAUAUUCUUCAGAUCCUGAUCGAGAAUACCGUAUCGCUCAAUAUUCGCCUCGUUUCCGUCUCUCGUUUACCCUGCUUAAUGAAGAUGCGGCAGCCGGUCAGGUUAUCACUGGCUGGGAUCUUACGAAUGCCAUACACCAACAUGUCGAUCCCAUAGUAACAGCUCUAUCCAUUUUGCACAAUUUCACCAUCGAAAGCCAGGUACAAUUUCACGCGCCGCUUGCGUUCAAGCCACAGGCUCUCGACAACGAGUCUUUUGGUUUAACUCCGGAAGAUUUGACUGUCUUCAUUAAUUCUGCCGAGUGGACGCUAUCUUCAAGCUCUUCAAACGAUCCAGUGCUUCAUUUUGUGUUAUUUGUUCCUUCAAGUGCGCAGCAAACCCCUCCGUCCCUUUCACAUUCGAACUCCUUCCUCAUUCCUCAAUGGGGUGGUGUGACAAUAUACAACCCAUCUGAUGAUAACCCGCCACACAGAUAUAUGUCUUCAGCGGAUCUCGACACCCUGUUCCCGGCCUUCUCGAAUCAGCUUCUCGCGUUGCUUGGUCUUCCAGGUCUUCACGCCGACGUCAGAAUUUCUCCUGACGACAAUUCGUUGCUCUCAGAUUGGCAGUUAGACGCUCUACUGCGCCGGCGGGCUUUUGAAAACGAUCGAGGAGCCAAAGACACACUGCGUAGCACUGUGAAAUUGGUUGAUCAAAUCAAAAACAUGCCUGUCGGUCAGUUUGUACGCAAUGACGUGUGGGACGCGUUGUCUGCGCUGGAAAAGAUGCACUCCCUUUCCGCAAAUUCUCUUGUUGAAACAAUGCGUCUUUCCGCUGACGCGGCAACACAUGCCUCUCGCGCCUUCUUCAAUCCAGGGAUGCUGGCGUUGCUGUACUUCCCACCUGAACACAAGUAUGCCGUCUACACGCCUCUAUUCGCUAGUGCAGUGAUACCUCUUAUUGCAGCCGCUCUGCGAGAGUUUUUGGCUUGGAGGCGGCAGCGUCGACAGGUGGCAAAUACUUAG